CAGUCGGACCGCGCUUUCAAAAGAAGGAAGAAAAGAGCCACGUGAUUCACCGCGACACAUGCGUGCCUAACGGCAGGCGCGAAGGGCGACUUUCGAGAGGGGUUCAAAACCCCAACGCCUCAACCCGACCGAAACGGACAGUUCCCAUCGAUGCUGCCCUAUCUUCGCAGGAGCGUCACGUCUCUGCUGCAUGGCGUCUCUCCCGAGCCUUUCGGAGAAGACGACAUCAAGGCAGAACUAGAGAAGUUGGCCGAGUCACAGCGGGAUCCAGGUGCCGGCGCAGAGCAGCCGACACAGACGCCGCCCGGCGACGAAGCCGCUGAUGACUACGAGGAUGUAGAACUAACCGACACCGCCUCGGUGGCCAGCGAAACCGGAGUGACGGACGGGCGCCCUUCAAGAACGGUUCCCGGCGCCUCCUGGGCUGCGAAGCGUGUCAGGCGACUCCUGGCGGUGCAGAACGCCUUCGGAGCUCGAUUCGGAGCGGCCAAGGCGCCCUCUGCACCGGCUUUCUCAGAUGCACAGACGCAGACGCUGCCCGAUGACAGCACUGAAGAGGUGCACUGCCGCCGAUGCCGAGGUGUCUACAGGCGGCAGAGGGCGCGAGCCGACGAAAUUUCACCGCGGGACGCAAAGCCGCGGCCCUGCACUCCCAGUGUCGCCGUAGCGGCGACCCACAAACCCUGCGGCGGCGGCGGCGCUGCCGGCGCAGCGGACCCCGGGGACUGCCCCGAGAAGCCCGCGACCGCGCACUGGUGCACCCGCGUGGUCGAACCCGCGCUGGUCGUGGCCUCCGAGAUCCUCCAGUACCCGUGGGGCGCCGACGCGCUCUUCCUGGUCGGCAUCGUCCUGCUCGCCUCGCUCCUGGUCAUCCUCUACUACGUGGUCGCCGUCGUGCUGCCCAUCAUGGUGCUCGCCGUGCUCCUGGCCAUGGUCAACUCGGCCCUCUUCGAGAGCAGCCGGUACAGUCAACCGCAAAAGUUUACGGGACGCAAGAUCUGCCAAGAAGCUGAGUUCUCGCCAAGCGUGGUCACACGGCAUCGAAUUAAAUGUUCCAGCAUGUUGUAGCCUUCGCCACCUACACAGUGAUUCAUUAAAUACGAAGUGUCAUGCAUUAACAGUACAGGAAUUCACAUUUGAAGGGGAAACCGCAUCCCGCAAACUUUUGCUGUUGACUGUACGAAUUUCGUUGCCGUCUGUUCACUUUGCACUUGGGAUAUCACAAUUCAGACCCUGUGUCUGCAUGUCUGUACCAGUAAAGUGGCCCGAGCUGUAUUUCUUUAAUUUAUUUUUGACGUCACAGUUUAAGCUGAUUGGUGUUGCUCUCUCUUGGCGUUUUCAAUAUCACGAUGGCACGAUUGUGAAGCUAGCGUGAAGGUAGAGUAGCGCCUGGCGUGGAUAGAAGUAGCGUUAGUAAAAUAAGCGCCCUCGGAUGAGGCUUUUGCAUUAAGAUAUGUUUUAUACAACACUCUAGAUACUUAAGCACCUGCUAAAAGUGCCUGCUAAAUGCACCAGGUUAUAAACAAAACGCCGGAAUACGCUACAGUCCCCUUGAAGAAGACCUCUAGCCAGUCAUCUAUUCAAAGGGCAACUAUAGCCGCAUUUCGUAAGUUGUGUUUUGUUCUGCACAAAAAGUGUUGCUGCACAAGGCACUCUAUAGGCUACAGCAAAGCAGUGCGACCGAGCACAUUGCAAUACUUCUACGUAUUCUCACUUAAACGCCGACUAGUGGCGUCGGCCUACGCUACUUUGUCUUUCAAUACAGCGAGUUCUACAUACGCCCUUGCUGACAGUGGUGUUGCACUGCCAGGUUUGGCCACUGCGGGUGUCCUGUGCGUUUUGCUUUCUUUGCUUUAGUUAUUAUUUUCCCUACGCGCCAUGUUGCUGCAACAUUGCUCUGUGAUCACCUUCGCACUUUGGAGAGAAGUUCGAAUCUAUGAGAGAGUUUUAGAUUAGGGGGACGCAAGCGUUGGGGGGCCCCUUAGCGCUUGGGGCCACGGUACUGCGCAUGCGCAUUACCGUGGUUCCUAUCGCUAAGGGGCCCCUCAACUCUUGCGUUCUCACGUACCCCGAAUCUAAAGCUCUAUAUUUUGUCUUGUAAGCUACGCCAAAUGACGCGCUGCCUCUUUUUUUCCUGGGUACUGCUGCCAACUGGAAUCUCGGCGCCCGCGUCUGUGUUCCGUCUGUCUUGGGUAUGACCUCGCGUUGGAAAACAGUGUUCAGACAACUUUCAGGCUGACGUCAGGUAUGUUGCCACGUCGGUCUGAAGUCGCAAAGUCAAUUUCUACCAGGGUCCCACUGUCCGUCGGCAUAUAUAAAUGGGUGCGUCUUUGUGUUAGUCCCGUGUGGCCGUGCGUGUGACAGCAACUAAGCCAAAAUUACGAAGAACUCUGUUUGGCGAGAGCUUGGUGAUCUUUUCGAACUCUCUGUCGGUGUUCCGCUGUCAUCGUCGUGUUGUACUUUUUUACGCACUGUGAUCACACGAAAAAUAAAGUGAGAUGUACCUUUGUAAUGCAA